CGGAAAUACAGUUGAGGGUGGAGUAGGAGACGGCUGUCUGACUUGCUAGUUGCAUUGUAAUAGUUCAUUAGUCAGUCUGAAGUGUUAUUUUAACGUUAAUAUCAGUAUCCUACAUAUCGACAAGAAGACAAGAUGCUGUCUUACAUUAUUGGUCUCAUCCGUGGCGGCUUUGAUAGCCUCUUUGAACUGAUCAUGAGAAUGCUGGGUUUCAAGAGAAGACCUGCCAUAACCCUGGAGGACCCCAAUGAGAAAUAUCCCUUGCGCCUCAUAGAUAAAGAGAUUAUAAGUCAUGACACCAGAAAGUUUCGUUUUGCCCUGAAGACUCCAGAUCAUGUUUUGGGACUUCCUGUUGGUCAACACAUAUACCUGUCUGCUAGAAUAGAUGGCAACCUGGUGGUGAGACCCUACACUCCGGUGUCAAGUGAUGACGAUAAAGGUUUUGUGGACCUAGUGGUCAAGAUAUACUACAAAAAUACUAAUCCAAAGUUUCCUGAAGGUGGAAAGAUGUCUCAGUACCUGGACAGCCUUCGCAUCGGUGAUGUGAUCGACUUCAGGGGGCCGAGCGGUCUGCUGAUUUACAAAGGCCAAGGAGUGUUUGAAAUCAAACCUGAGAAGAAAGCACCUGCAGACACCCUGACCGUGAAAAACCUGGGAAUGAUCGCUGGAGGAACAGGUAUCACUCCCAUGCUGCAGAUCAUUCGGGCAAUAAUGAAGGAUCCAAAAGACAAGACCGUUUGCUCUUUGCUAUUUGCUAAUCAGACAGAAAAAGACAUCUUACUGCGUACAGACCUGGAGGAAAUCCAGGCCAAUUACCCCGACCGCUUCAACCUCUGGUACACCCUUGACAAAGUCCCAGACGGCUGGGAGUACAGCCAGGGCUUCAUCAGCGAGCAGAUGGUGCGCAACCAGCUUCCUCCCCCUGGCGAUGACACACUUAUCCUCAUGUGCGGUCCUCCACCCAUGAUCCAGUUUGCCUGCAAUCCCAACCUGGACAAAGUUGGCCAUUCUAAUAGCAGGCGUUUCGUCUUCUAAUAAACACACUAAUCCCGACACCUAGCCAAACGGCUCCGGUGCUGAAACAAAGUCCAUCGUCAUCAGUGUCUCAAAGUACACGUUUGUUUUGAUAUGCAACGUAUUAGCCCUUGCAAUUGUGCUCAUUUUGUUAUUUGCACUUAAGUAGACUUUGAGUCAUGUGCUGGUAUGUCACUUUUAAUAUAUUCUUAAAUGUUGAGGGAUUUUUGAGUUAUUUUGAAAGAUAUUAUGUAAAAACAUAUUUGUUGAAUGAGAACAUAUUUGUUAAAUAUGGCAAUCAAAAUGCAGCAUUUUAGGAGAAAGUUUUUUACUUUGUCAUUUAAUGUGUGAUAUUCGGAUUCUUUUUUUUGGUAAAGUGCCUUAGUACCAAUCACCUUACUUUGGAAAACUAUACAGUAAAUUGGCUUUAAUGUGUUCAAUGGUGGGAUAUUAAAAUGCUUAAAGGGGCUUGGAAUGUCAAGAUAAAAGAAAGUAUUACUAGCUUUAACCAAGUCAAUAUUCAGUAGCACACUUUCACAAACGCUGCACCUGUAUCGUUUAAGCUUUCAACCAUCAGUAAUUUGAGUACUUUGCAGCAAUCUACACAUUAAUCCAGCUUGGCGCAAAAAUGUUUAGACGUCACCUAUAGUAAGCAAGCUCAUGUUCUAUACAUUAUAUAUCAUAUUACACUGCCUUGAGCUGGACAAAUAAAUGAUUGCAUUAA